UGGACCGUCAAAAUUAUGCAAAUGACGCCGGACGUGCAGGCAUCUGAGGACAGAGCAGCGCACUCCAAAAUGGCGAACCGCGACAAGGAGCUGGAAGAGGAGAUUUACGACAAGGUCGUAGACUUGACGGAAUAUGCCAAACGUCAGCGAUGGUGGAACCGCCUUUUCGGAAAAAGCUCGGGCCCCGUAGCAGAGAAAUACUCCGUGGCCACACAGAUAGCCAUAGGGGGAGUGAGUGGAUGGUGUGCAGGAUAUCUCUUCCAGAAGGUUGGAAAAGUUGCUGCUACAUCUGUAGGAGGAGGUCUUCUGCUGUUGCAGAUAGCUAACAACAGUGGCUACAUCCAGGUGGACUGGAAGAGAGUAGAGAAGGAUGUCAACAAAGCUAAGAAGCAAUUAAAGAAGGGCACCAAUCAAGCAGGCCCAGAGCUAAACACAUUUUUUGAGAAGUCCACAGAGUUUGUGAAGAAAAACAUCGUUGUCACAAGUGGUUUCAUCGGAGGGUUCCUGCUCGGCCUGGCAUCUUAGGGUCUGCCAAAGGAAAAGAGUCUGUAUUUCUUUGAUGUCAUGAAAAACUGUAGGGGAAAGUAAUAAAUCACUGCUGGAAGGUUUAUAAGUCUUUUGACAGCAAGCAACCAAUUCAGAUUAGCUUGUAACUAUGUGUUUCUACAUAAGCUGCAUUUCCUUUUUGUCUUUAAUACCGUACCGCAUCAUGACGCAUCACAUGACGACAUGUUCAUGUGAUGUGGGACUUCUUGGUUGGACCAGGAUGAACCUCUUAAAAUACUCCACUUCCCAGGUCAAAUAAUGACAUAUAUCACACAGAAUUAAUUAAAACAGUGUAAAGGCUAUCAGCAUGUUGUGAUGUUUGUAUUUAUUUAUUUUGUACCACAAUGAAAGAUUGUUAUUGCUGCUUUGUUGUGCAAAGUUAAGCCAAGCACAACGCAGCUAAGUGUGUUUAAAUUCACCUUCACAGAUGGUGUCCAUAGGAUUCCCUCAGUGCCAGUGUUGUAUUGUUCAAUUCCAAACAUUAUAAUCAGUCAUCUUCAGGAUUAAAGUGCUGUUAGAUAUAUGGGAUUGUAUGCCUUUUUUAGAUUUGAUACAUGUGUGAUGGGUUAUGUCAGCCCGCCCUUCAUUUCUUUUUCUUUUUUUUUUUAAAUGUAUGUUGUUUAGCAGUACAUUGAUGCUUUAGUUACUGAAUGCUGUGGUUCGCCUAAUAUGUAAGUUUGAUGAACAACAUAAAAUAUAACAAUCA